AUGAAAGAACCNUACAACCGCGAAGUUGAACACAACGGCUCAGCAUUAUAUUAUAAUGGGGCUUCGGCCAGGAGAUUGAUGAAAGAACCUGGCCCUUGCUUAACUCCUUGUUCCGUAAACCGGUCGCUGGUUGAUCUGAUCGGACCCCGGACACGCGAGAGCCCAGCCGGGGAGGAAUGCAUGGUUCCCUGGCGGUUCAUGGGACGGACGUUCGCAGCGAGGACCGCUCGGCUAGGUCGCGCCAGAGGAGCUUCGAGUGACUUUCUUCUUUGCUCUUCGACAGCCCUAACAAGUCACUCGAAGCUCUGCCCUUUGCCCCGUGCUGUCUUCCUCCAGUUGCCCCCACCCAAUGGCCGAAAAACGUUGCAGUCAAUUGCCUUUCCCGUUUUCAUCAAACAAAAGACUACCAUACACGCCCUUUGCCGGCAAGCUACCCUCGCCUACCUCAUCUAUAGGCAUUUCUUUCUAUCCGCCCGCGCGCGAGAUCAGAUCGACUACUCUACUACCAUCAUGCCGAAGGUCUUUUCUUCACUUCAAUAG